GUAUUCAUUGUUAUAAAAAGAGGGAGAGAAGAGAGCGGUGGAGGUGCUCCAGCUGUAGUCGUAAUAUAGUAGGGAUUGUAUUCUGAAGGGUGCGUUUCUGCUGGGUUUUUUUAAUCGACUGCCAGUGCCAUUGCUAAAAUCAACAGACAAGGAGGUAACAGCAGGUUGGGAGGAUCCCCAAGGUGGGCUACUCUGAACAAAAGCGAAAUGAAGUCUCUGACGUUUCUUUGGAAAGAGAGCAGGAAUGAGACCCUGUGGAACAAAACAGAUGUAAUGGAAGCCAUGAGUACCCAUCUGCCUUUCCCCCUCCCUUGCAGCCAGUUCCCUAAACAUGCAUGCCUGAGAGAUCUUCCCUUCCCUGCAUGGACCAUGUCAGAAAUGGCAGAUAACACUGUCUGUGAGAAGUUUGAGGCCAAUGUAUUUGUCAAGAGCCGGUGCCAGAACUGUUUUCGAACAGUCGCUGCUCACCAGUGUGGUAACCAGGAAUCAAAGGAACAUGCUGCAAAAAGUCUUGAUUGUGUUGAUGGUACCAGCGAGUCCAGUCCCUGUGACCCCUUGUGCAUUUUAGUGCCCCAGUGUGAACUCUAUGUAUGUGUGGGCUCUGAGGACAGAACUGAGAGCUGGCAGGAAAGCUUGGAGUACACCCAGCUGAGCUGCAGAGCUGAGGAAGAAGCCAGUACCUGUCCUGACGCUUGCUCCAUCCUUGGCAUUGAUACAGAUGCCCAUGAUACAUUUGGGGACUGGGAAAUGACCAGGAUCCUUGGCAGCAUUUUGGGGCCUGACAAAGAUAAUACAAUGUACUAUGCAGGCCACAAGCAAGAGGUUCGACCUGAAAACCUACAUUCUGAUAGACCCAGGUGGGCUGACAUGGCAUCCUCUGGGAGAACAGAGUCCUGGAGUUGUCCGAAAGCAGGAUCCAGGGCCGUGAGCCAGGACCAAGGGGACAGCAGGAGGCAGAAUCAAGCAGAAAGCGGCUAUUUCUCUCUGGAGCGUCGGAAGUCUGAACCAAGUGGGGCCUCUUCCCCUCCCCGUGUGGGCAGCAGUGUUUUGCCUGCCCGCGGGGGUGCCUCGAGGCCAGGCGGGUGGCUGCCUUCUUCCAUUACUUCUGCAGACUCGGACCAGAGCUGGCGCACAGGCGGCAGUAGUGAGGGUCGGCAUGGGCUGAUGAGGCAGGAGUACACGGUGUUGGCCGACCUGCCCAAGCCAAAGCGUCUCAGCCACCGGCAGGCCUUUGAAAAAGAGCGCAGCAGCUCCCGCACCCGAAGUCCUGGCCGGGCAGAGGUGGAGCGGAUCUUUGGACAGGAGCGCAGGAAAGCCAGCCCCAGCCUGAAGCUGGAGAAGAGGACAGAAAUCUUCAAACUCUCUUGCUGGGACAACCUCCACCCUCUCUCUGGUUCCGAGUUUGACAACAGGAGCCUCAACCUUCCUUUCUGUCUCACCAGAAGGAAGUCAGAGACACUGGAGGCAUUCCAAGCCCUGGAGGAGGGUCUCUUAGAGAGGCUGGAUAGCAAGACCCUGAAGCUGGCGAAGGAAGGACGUUUAGUCAGGAGGCAAUCGAGCCCCAAUCUGCGCAGAGAAGUUAUGAAAAGACUCCCCUGGGAGCCAGAACAGCCCAGCCGAAGCAGAGGUGAACCCCAGCGCUUUGGGAGACCAGAACAGCGACCAGAGAGAUGUAGCAGGAGCCAAGGCGAGUCGGUGCUCUCCGGGAGUCCCAUUCAGCGCUUGCAGAGAGAGAGCAGGAGCAGGGGAGUGUUUCUUCACUCGGUGGCUUCCCAUCAGCAAGCAGAGAGGGAGCGGUGGAAACACGAGGACCCUAGGAGAACUGACAGAGAGAAGGCUCCCCUUCGCACCCCUGCAAGUCAUGGGAAGCCAACGGAGGAGGGUGGGAAAAGCCAGUCGGAGCUCUUGUGUCACAAGAGCUCUGGGAAGAGCACUGAGACCAAGUGGAGAAGCAGCCUGGGUGCCCUGCAUGCUGCCCAUCCUGGGAGGAGUUUGGACAAGAGUCGAGCGAGCCACGGAAGGCUACUGGAGAGGUACAAGGACAGCGACCGGAAGGCACGAGGCAAACCUUUGCUCCCCAUAGAUACAGGCGAGCAUCCGAGAGAGGAGGCGAGAGCCUGCCGGGGAGAUGUGCGUGAUCUCAGCCCAGGGAGGACAAGGGCAGCCAGAGGUCAAGGUGGGCAGACUCUGAGUCCUCCGAGGCACAGGGAGGUUAGCCGAAGAGCCCAAGGAGAAGCUGGGUGUGCGGUCAGUCCAGGGAGAGAGAUGGGGAUAGGUUUGAAAACUUAUGGGGAGGCUAGGGGUGUGCUUGGUCCUGGGCUAUGUACUGGUGGAAGCCAAAGAGAGAUCAGCCGCUCCCUGAGCCCGGGGAGAUGCAGAGAAAGCAGUCAGAACAGACCUGGAGAGGCCAGGCGUUCUCCUAGUCCUGGGCGGCCAGUGGAGAGUUGCCACGCAUGUCCAAAGCAGGCAAGGAGCUAUGCUGUUUCUGAGCAGCAACCGGAGGGUAGCUGGAAAAGCCAACGGGAGGCCUGUUCCAGGACUCCACGGGCAAGUAUAGAUACUGAUUGGCCGGGCAAAGGAGAGCAGUCCAACACUUUCACUAGGAAGGAGAAUGACUGGAAGGGUUGUGGCAAAUCCUUAUGCCCCACAAGCCCACCAGUUUCUGAGCAGAAGAGAGACCCUUGUUGCCACGUGAGACCAGAGGAUAAUUGGAAGAGCCAAGAAGGGUCUUUGUGCCAUGGGCAUCCAGCGCAGCUCUUGGAAAGGGAGUGGAUGAGCCAAGGAGAAUGCUGGCAUUUAGCAAAGCCAGGGCGGCAGCAGCAGCAGCUGGAGAGUAACUGUGGAAGUCGAAGGAGUUCAACCGGAUGGAUAGAGGAUGAAUGGAAAAAUCGGGGAAGGUGUCCAAGUCCUGCGAAACCAGAGAGUCAGCUGGAGAAUGAAUGGAGCAAUGAGGAGAAGCUCUUGUACCAGCCGGAUCUUCUCAAUUUCAAGAAAGGAUGGAUGUCCAUAUUGCAUGAACCAGGAGAGUGGACAAAGCAUUGGUUUGUGUUGACAGACUCCAGCCUGAGAUAUUACAGAGACUCCAAUGCUGAAGAGGCUGAUGAACUGGAUGGAGAGAUUGACCUACGCUCUUGCACUGAUGUGACGGAAUAUGCAGUGCAGCGGAACUAUGGCUUCCAGAUACAUACUAAAGAUGGGGUCUUCACAUUGUCUGCAAUGACAUCGGGAAUCCGACGGAACUGGAUAGAAGCUCUGAGGAAAAGCAUACGUCCUGCCAGUGUUCCAGACGUUACAAAGCUAUCUGACAGCAAUAAGGAGAACUUCCGCAGCUACGGAUCCCCGAAGAGCUCCUUCAGGUCGGAAGAACAGCGGCCAAGCACAGGAUCUGAGGUCAUCACUAGGGGCGGCAGCAGCAGCAGGAGAGCAGAUGGGCAGCGCCAUGCUUUUGACUACGUUGAGCUAUCCCCCUUGCAACAGGGGCCCUUAAACCAAGGAUCCCCGCAACAGACAAGAGGAAGGAGUGCAAGAGCCAUGGACGGAGUGGCCAAGCGGGAGGAGCUAGAGCGGGACUUGGCCCUCCGCUCGGAGGAAAGGCGGAAGUGGUUUGAGUCUUCGGCCAGUGGGGUCCUGCAGACGGACGGCCUGCCAGGGGACCUCUGUCCUAAAGCAGGAGGCCAGGAACCUCUGGGGCCUCCCCUCUCUGAAGCUCAGAGGAGUCGGCUGAGUGAAGAAAUCGAGAAGAAGUGGCAGGAGCUGGAACGCCUUCCCCUGAAGGAGUCCAAGCGGGUACCACUGAUGGCCCUGCUGAACCAGGGGAAAGGAAGCCACGAAGAUGUAAGCGAGGCAUUGGAGAAAGAGGUCCAGGUUCUGAGGUCACAGCUGGAGUCCUUGCGUGCUCAGAGUGAGGCAAAAUCCCCCAGAGAUGGGCAUGCACCCCGAGGCUAUAUCUCUCAGGAGGCAUGUGAGCACAGUUUAGCCAAGAUGGAGACUUCCCAUCAACAGGUUAUGACGGAACUGCAGCGGCACCACCAGCGAGAGAUGGAGCGGUUGCGGCAGGAGAAGGACCGGCUUCUGGCAGAGGAGGCAGCUGCCACAGCUGCAGCAAUUGAAGCAUUGAAGAAGGCACACCGGGAGGAACUAAAUAAAGAGCUGGGCAGGACCCGCAGCUUCCAGAAGGGAGGUUCAGACCCAGAUGUGCUCCGGCGACAGCAUCAGUCCGACAUGGAGUCCCUGAAGCGAGAGCUGCAGGUGCUUUCAGAGCAGUAUUCCCAGAAGUGCCUAGAGAUUGGAAACCUUGUGCAGAAGGCCGAAGAGCAGGAGCAAAUGCUACAGCACUGCCAACAGGAGGGAAAGGAGCUGUUGCGGCAAAACCAGGAGUUACAGAGGCGCCUGUCUGAGGAAAUUGGGCAGUUACGGUCCUUCAUUGCUGCCCAAGGGUCACGGGAGGGUGCUUCACACAACAGCGAGAGGAGCUCUUGUGAGCUAGAGGUGCUGCUCCGAGUGAAGGAGAAUGAACUUCAGUAUCUGAAGCAAGAAGUCCAGUGUCUUAAGGAUGAACUCCAAAUGAUGCAAAAGCAGGAUAAGACGUUUGCCUCAGGGAAAUACCAGGAUGUCUAUGUGGAGCUGAAUCACAUCAAGCGGCGGUCAGAGCGAGAGAUAGAGCAGCUGAAGGAGCACCUGCGCUUGGCCAUGGCAGCCCUACAAGAGAAGGAGAUGUUGCACAACAGUAUCGGUUAGUCACUUCAUGUCCCUUGAUUUGGAGGACAACGCUGUACUCUAGCAACCAACAACCCCCUCCAGGAAAUGGACCAAGCCUCCAUCAGACCAUCCAUCACAUGCACCUACAUAACUUGGCGUGUUUGGGGCUGGAUCCUACUAUUUGCACCUUCUUUGGGAUUUUAUACAUGAAAAUAUAUUUUAUAUGGCUUGAGGGUGGGGUGGGCGGUUAUAUUUUAAAAUCCGAUAUUAUGUUUUUAACCAGCAGUUGACAAGAGAAGUGAGCCACAUUUUUCUCCCCAGCCUUCUUUUAGUCAUAACUGAGUCCUUGUUCCAAAUCCUUGAAUAUAUUUAGAAAACCAUAAAUGACCUCUUGCUUCCAAGUCUCUUCCAAGCAGAGAGACAAAAUCGUAUACAUCCCAACUUCACGGUGAGUCUCUUUGGAUGAACAGUGUUGCUCCAAAGUGAUCCGUAUUUUGAGAUGCACUGUACUGGGAUAAUGUUGUACUGAUGGUUUCUUCUGAGGGCACUGGCUUUGUUCCAAUAUGAGGGUUUUGUUUUGAGAGUCUGGGACCCAGCCAUUUGUUUUCAUGUGCUAAAAGCAAAGACAGAUUUUUCCCCCCCUAUGCCGGUUAAAUGUCUAUGCAUCCUGCUGCGUCAUCGGCAUCCGCUGCAUUCCAGAAGACUCUUCUUCCAGCUGUGUACUCCUGUGGGGAGGGACUUGACUUAAUGUCGCCAGAGCCAAACUAUGAAGGUGGCUGGAUUUUCUUUCUUCCUGCACAAUUAUAAACUAACUUAAUAAAAAUCUUCAAGAUACCAAA